GAAAGUUUAUCGCUUAGCCGACCACAUGAUGUUGUAGAUGACAAACCCAUGGAAAGAAAGAUUAAGAAUGAAAUAAAAUACCUCUACUUUCAUAUCAAUAUUAAUUAAACUAUUACUCUACAAAAUAUCAUGUUGUCGCUCAUAUGCGAAACGAUAGCGAGCGGACUUAUACUAUCUAUCUAUCUACUAUACUUAUAAUACGCCGAAGGGAAAAAUGGGAGCCCCAUUUCAAAUUUCCUGCAACGAGAGUGAAAGUAGGAAGGACAUUUUGGUCUUCACAAUUACUUUUUUUUAUUCAUUAAAAAAAUACGUACUAGGAUUCGAACCAUAACCAUUUUAAAGAAAGGUAAGGAUCAUAACCAAUCACACUAACUACAUUUAUUGUAUUCUUUUAAAUUAAAAACAUAUAAUAGCAGGGUGGAAAAAGCUCUUCCCCCAUUUCAAAUUCCCUGCUCCAGGAGCGUUUGUAGGAAGGGUAGAAUAGGGAGUGUCAAUUUUUUUCUCUUAACUCUGUGGAACGGGCCAACUUACCGUACACAUGCGGAUUUAAACGGGUCCAGGAGUGUCAAUUUUUUUCUUUAUACCCUUUUAUUUUUCCGUGGUGAUAAAUAUAUAUGAAAAGGCAAAAAUAAUACUCCUUUUUACUGUUAAAAAUAAAAAAAAAUUAAAAUAAACUAAUGCAUGGUAUCUAAUGGGCUAACCGCUAACCAUAAAAUAAAAGAGUUGAAUGGGUCUGACCUACAUGGGAUUUGGCCAUCAAGUAAAACAAAUGAACAUCAUUUGUUUGUCAUUCUAAAACAAGCUAUUUUCUCUGGCAUAAUAUAUAUUAUGCUAUUAUUUUAUAUCUUAGUGGCUAAAAUAUAAUGUAUUUUAAAGUUAUUCAAUGGUUCAACCUCGACCAACCCAAUUAGUCCAAUUUUUAUCAUUUCAAAUAUGUAUUUUAUAAUUAUUUGACAUCAUAAUGAUCAAAUUAUAGUGUAUUUUAUAGGGAAUCGUUUGGUAUUUGUUAGUAAAAAACUAAACAUAAAGAUCUAUUUGGUUAUUUUAAACAUUAAAACGAUCCUAAACAUUUUCAGUUCCUUUUGAAUUUCUAUGGUUUUAUUCCCGAAUAAGUGAUGUGCAAAUGGCGAAUUGCAGUCGUCUCUUUUCUUUCACUAUUUUUUAUUUUCAAAUAGAAAGUUUAAAAGUAAAGAAUAACUAGAAUUUGGCAUGGGUCGGUCAAACAGGCUGAAUUUCAAGUUAUGGCCCGUUUGUUUUAUGCAUUGCAAAUUUAUUAGCAUGCUGAUGGAAAUGGCUUGGAAAAAAGACAUAUAAGUUGUACCUUUGCACAAAUGUCCUCAAAUGUUUGAAUGCUUUGUGAAUCAAGUUCCGUGACUUUUGUGAUGGUGUAUGUGCUUGACGAUUGCUCGAUGUUGUAACUACUUAAUUUGAGAGUAAAUCUUUUGAUUUUCCCUAUGAGUUGUGAUACCAGUUCUGGUGGUUGCAGCAUGUUGUCGUUGUUGGCCUGUAAAAGUUGUUCCGUCGUGAUGCUAAUUACCUUUCUUUCUUUUUUAACAAAUUGUGUAGUAGUGCUAUGAAACAGACCACCCAUGAACGCUACGCUUAUUAUGGUCUUUCUUACUUCCGGUGGUGAGAAAUUAUGAAUUGAGAAUCAUAUUCGCCUACCGCACUGUGUCUGGCUGGUGGCUGCUUACUGUGCUCUCUAGAGUUAUGAAACAGACUACUCAUGAACGUUACCCUUAAGAGUCCAUAACUUUGCGAAAAACCAAAUUUAGGCAAUCAAAGGUGGUGGAUGUGUGAUGAUUUUUUAUGGCUUAAUUGUUUGUGAGUUGGAUAUCUUAUCUUUGUAUGAUUAGAGGGGAUGUUUGCUUAAUAGAAUAAUUCAUUUUAAUUCAUGUUUAUUUUUAACAUGAACUUUAGUAACUCAAAACCUUCGAGACACAUAUCACUUACUGCAUUGUAUCAUUUUGCCUGGGUGCUUGCUGUGUUGUCAAACUUCUUGCUGCUGCAUUUUACACUAACAGGGGAGUUAAGAACCCAUGAAUGUUUCUGUUUGACACAAACAAGAGGACUUACUUCUAAAUCGUGCACUAAAGAUGAUUGGAGGAAACAUCUCUGUUGCAGUUGAUAUACUGGAGACCAUAACAAAAGUAACGUAUAACAUCAAAACCAACCAUCUGAACUAUUAGCAUUGUUGCUUUACUCUUUUUUCGUGGUUGAGUCUCCUUCAAAUAAUUUAGUUUGAUUUUAGAAAAUUUUGCUUCUGCAGUCCUGUCUUGCCACCAACGCAUUCAGUAGAUGGAGAUGGCAGAGGCGAAGGCUAUUUUUGUGUUGUUGUUGCUGGUUUAGGGAUAGGUUUGUGAAGAAGAGGGAGAAGAGAAGGGGAAAGGGAAAUGCAGGAGAGGGGGAUAACUCUUUUCUCUGACAAAAAUGGAGUGAAGAAAGGAAUUAUGAUCAGUAAGGAUAUGGUUAUCUUACAUAAUGGUCUCUAUUCUGUUUGAAUUGAGCUUGGGAGGCAGUGAUAAGGACGAGCUGCAACCAAUUCAUAGUGAUAAGAGUGCUAUGAAUUGUGAUCAUGUCUUAUUUCAAGUUAGAAGGUAGUUUCAGUAUAAGGAUUAUUUAAUUUGACAAGUUGUUUCGUCCAUGAUUCUUGGUAGUUUCAGUGCCAUUCUAGCCAUUGUUUAGUCUGUAAUUUUUUAGAAUUGAUGUGCGAGCAAUGACUUUCACUUAGCUUCAACUAUUAUGUGUGUAUUUAUUGGCAUGUGAUAGAAUUCUCUUUUCCUUUUCUUUGAAUUCAGUUUCAUACUCUAAUUGUAUCAUUUGUACAUAGGCAAAUCAUGCUCGAGAUGACAACUCGCUGAUAUGGCUGGUGCAAGGAAUGAAGCCAUCAUUAGAAUUCAGACCGACAACGGGGAAGGAUGCCCAGGACUAAUUCAAUGAUGAUUGAUGAUGGUAUAAUAAAAACUGCAGUAUGCAUCAGCACCAAUUUCUAGGCCUAAGUAAAGUAUUCAACCCAUAACUCUGCUUACGCUAAAAAUUGCCCUCACCCAACCUUGAUCCUGUUUGACCCACUUCUGAAGAGUCAAGAUAUAUGACUAAUCCUCUCCGUUCGUAUUUUCUUAUUGACUCUUUCUGACCCUUUAGGUUGGGGCGGGUCGGGAAGAAUUGGAUUAGUGGGUCGGUCCUAAUCAAGUGGAAUCUCAAUCCCUCCACUCUCACUUGCUUUCUCUCCCAUUUCACAAGUGGGUAACAUACAGUAAUCCGGCCAACGGACCGGGUAAUAAGCUAGUUACUCAUUAUUACUCAUUAUUAUAAUCUUAGAUAAACAAAUUGAGAGUAGCUCAAUAGCCCCUUCUAAACUACACGUGACUUUUUUUAUUGAAGGUUGUCUUCCCCUUCCAACCCUUGAGCUAGGGUUUCAGCGGAAGAAAAAAACCAACUAAAUUUAAAGCUAGGUUUAGUUUCUCCAGCGAGGCGCCGAUCGAUCACCACGUACGAUGACGGAGCUUAAACGCGCAACAGCGAGUCGUGAUGAGGAUCACUUCCCAGAGGACCUGAUGGACGGAAUCCUGGUCAGACUUCCGUCACCCUGCCUCCGCCGCUUCCUGUGCGUCUCCAAGUCAUGGUACCGUCUCCUCUCAAACCCUAACUUCAUCUACCGACACCUCUUCUUCAUCCACAACGACUACCGCCGUCACGUCCCCGAUGACAUCAUGUCUCGGAUCCCAAUAGUUUCGAGGGAUAGCAAUCUUCGUUAUUGUUCCCUAUCUCGCGAUUCUUCAUGUUCAAGAAUCGAAGUCGAAACCCCCUUUCGCGAUCUGCCACUGCCAACAGUAGCUGCCAACCCUAGCGUGUUUAAGUCGUAUUAUCACCAGCCGCCGAUCGUUAUGGGCGCGUAUGGCGGCUUGAUUUGCGUCCGCUACACGGGCUACCACAGGAACCUUAUCGGUCUGUUCGAUCCAGCCACAUCGGAGAUGAAACUGCUGCCCAAAGUAAACGAUGACGAGUUCCCCUUCCCUCAGUACAACACGUAUUGGAUAGCGUUCGGUUUCGGGUUCGACCGGGCGACCGGCGAGUACAAAGUGGUUAGGGUUCGUAAGCUCUCUGGCCACGCGGGGAACAGAACGUCCUCGAUCCAUGUGUGGAGCAGCGUGACAGGAGGAGGUUCGUGGCGGAAAGUUGAGCAUGAUCGUGGUGUUGGCGACAGUUUGCCGCUAGCUCUAUCGGCUAAUUCGCAGGAGGAGAUCCCGCAGUACUGUCCUGCGGUGAGGCUGGGUGGGAGAAAGGGCAAGUGUUUCUGGGCUAGAUGGAGGAAAAGGUGUCUUAGAGUGGUUUCGUUUGACAUGACCCGGGAGACGCUGGAGGUGAAAACCCUAGCCAGGCCUCGCUGCUGUGAUGAUGAUCAGCAUCGGCUUCCUGAAAAUGCUGACGAGCCCGUCGUUUUCAUGUUGAAGGAAGAGACGCUUGCCAUCUUCCAGUUCCACGUGCAUGGCUACUCCAAUUCCCUUGACCAAGGUUGUCAACCCGCGGGUUGACCCGGACCCGGUCGAGCUAGUGGGUCAAGGGUUAAUGGGUCAAUCGUUUUAGCUCGGUUUGGCCCGGAAGUAUGGAAAAAGUCAUUAUAUUGUACUUAUCCUCAUAAAUUAUAUUAAAUCUU